AUGCAAAUAGUCAAAUGAAUGCAUUCCCUUCCAGUUCUUCCGUUCAUACUUGCCCAACUGACCUUCUGAAGAGAUCAUAUUUUGAACAUUUUUCUGGGCACUAACUCACUUUCUUAUUUUGCUGCUGUGUUUCCAGGAUGUCAAGUGUACGACUUUGGAGAUUUGAAUUUCACUCAAGUUCCCAAUGAUGAACUGUACAACAACCUGAUUUUAUAUCCACGAUCGGUGGGUUUAGCCAGCCAGGUGCUGGCUGAUGCUGUGAGCAGAGCAGUAGCCGCUGGACACAGCUGCGUGACUAUAGGAGGUGACCACAGCUUGGCACUUGGUUCUGUCAGUGGCCACGCGCGGCAGUGCCCACACCUUGGUGUGAUCUGGGUGGAUGCACACGCUGACAUCAACACCCCUCUUACAACUCAGUCUGGAAGCCUCCAUGGACAACCUCUCUCAUUUCUCUUGAGAGAGCUUCAAGAUAAAGUACCACAACUUCCUGGCUUUUCCUGGCUAAAGCCCUGCCUCUCAGCCUCUGACAUUGUGUACAUUGGUUUGAGGGAUGUGGAUCCUGCUGAAUACUAUAUUUUGAAGAACUAUGACAUCCAGUAUUUUUCCAUGAGGGACAUUGAUCGCCUUGGAAUUCAGAAAGUUAUGGAAAGAACAUUUGAACAACUGAUGGGCAGGAGACAGAGACCAAUUCACCUGAGUUUUGACAUUGAUGCUUUUGAUCCCUCGCUGGCUCCAGCAACUGGGACUCCUGUUCUGGGUGGACUAACCUACAGAGAAGGCAUGUACAUCACGGAGGAAAUACACAACACAGGAAUGCUUUCCGCUGUAGACAUGGUUGAAGUCAAUCCUCUGCUUGGAGCUUCUCAAGAGGAGGUGAAUGCAACUGCUAGUCUCGCAGUCGACGUGAUAGCGACGUGCUUUGGGCAGACAAGGGAAGGAGCACACACCGCUUUUGAUGAACUCCCAACACCCAGUUCUCCAGAUGAAUCUGACAGUGAAGAGCAAGUGAGGAUUUAAGAACCCAAAGUGUUGGGUACAUUGGACAUUAUAGAGCUCUGCUGAGGCACUUGAGUGGAUAGAUUGUCAGUACUUGGCAAAUACUGUUAAAUUCUCAAUUUUUAAAUAAACUAGCUUUUCCACUGAGUGGUGGCUACUUUAUUACAUACCAAGAUUUAUUCAUUUAGUUAAGUAUAUACAAAUUGAGACAAUAAAAUAUUUAUUACCUUCUUCUUAACCUUA